GAAAGGGAAACAAUAAUAUAAUUUCAAACCAAAAACGUUUCAAUUCAAAGAAGAUCUAGUCAGUCGACCGCUUACGUCGCCAUUGGCAGUACGCAUAAACAAAGACAAUGUCGCGCGAGGCGAAAUUCAUUCUGGCAUUGCUCGUGGUGGCGAGCCUCAACGCCUCGACGGUGACGUCCAUCCUGUUCUUCGGCUCGCAAUCCUACCAGAACGCGAGUUACGUGGAGGUCAAUUGCGAUCACGGCCCGCAAGACGUGGAGAACCGCACUCUUUGCAGAGUGGGCGGCGUCCUCGACACGAUCUACACCGCGCGGGAGUGCAGCUUUUUACUGGACACGGGGCCCCGUGGCCUCACAUCCGACUCCUUGCAGGUGGUGCGCUACGGCGACUACAAGGUCAUCCUGAGCUGGCGGGUGCUGGGCAUGGACGCCAAGACCAACUGGCGACUCCACAUCGUGGACAUGAAGAAAUGCGACCGGCACAAACCCACGGAGAUCGGCCGGAGUCCAGUCGAGAUGGUUGGAUGGACUGAUCCAUCCGAUAUCCAGCCUCUGAGAUUCAUCGUGAACAAGGAAAGCUUUGUCGUCAUGAUCUUCAGCGAGACGCCGUAUAGUGUGUGCUGGAUGCCAGACUCGAACUUCAACGUGCCGAGGUGCGCUAUGGAAUUCUUCGGCGUAGGCGACGCCUCCACCCCGCCCCACGUUUGGUUCCGCCAGACCAACCGGGACGACGACGUAAUACUGGAGCCGUUGGACGAAACCUCGGAAUAUGGCUAUCUGUGGAUCGAAGCCGCUGUCUUACCACAGACCAUAUUGGUUCACGUGUGGGUCAUCAUUGGGGACAACACCUUUCGCCGGCUUGCGACUUAUCAGCUCAAUCCGACGACGAGCCCAUACGACCACAUAGCCUACUCGACGGCCAACGGCUACAUCGGCGUCUGCGUCGGGAACCUGCAGGGACAGCAGUAUCAGAUGAUUUGCAGCCAGUUCGAUUACCAUGGCAGACAGAUCUUCAAAAAAGUUCAGAGGACAGAGCAAAGGAACCAAUACUCCUUGGUCAAUCUAGCCGGUGGCGGCAUGCUGCUGCUCGGUCACAGCUGCCGCGACCCGGACAACUCGUGCGAACUCGUGGAUUCGAUCACGAUCUCGAUCACAAAAAUCGGGAUCAAGUGUGGAUUCCUCACGUCUCAUUACAGAAAGAACGAGCUGUACCCGUGCGACAGGAAGCUUUAUCGGGCCGAGGCGCGGCUCUUCCAGCGCGCGAACGGUCGCAACUGCUACACCCACGUCUGCAUCGGCUACCCGAAGGAUGUGCUCGCGCACACGCCCCUGAUCUACACGGACUGCCUACCCGCUUCGGAAGCUGAGGCGAAUGCCUUACACCGCCACGACCGCUACUACUACGAAGAAGACGACGACGACGACGACUACGUCAAAAAUAAGGACUGCUUGCGCACCGAAGACGGGACGAUCUAUAGAUGCGACUACGAGUACGCGGUCCAGCGUAAGGGCGCGGUGUACUUCGACCAGCGCUCCUACCACAACCAGACCUGGACGACCGUCUUCUGCGCCGACAGGAUCCACCGCGACGACGGCCAGACGCUGUGCGAGGUGAGCCGCUGGCGCGGCGACCGACCGGGUCGCCUCGAGCGCACCUGCGAGGUCUGGCUGUACAGGAAGGAUCUCGAGCCCGACACAAUCGGAAUGCUGCCGCUGACCGAGGACAAGGUCGUACUGUGGUGGCUGGAGCGCCAUCACGGCUGCGCCUGGCAGCUGAGAGUCGUGCACUUCGAGGACUGCUCCGUGUACCCCACCGACUGGUCCGGCGACGACUCGUACUGCGUGCCCGUCAAGGUAGUCGCGCACGGCAACGACAGCUUCGCCGCGGUGGUGACGAGCGCGCGACGCGGCCCGUGCGCCAUCCAGUGGGACAGGAGAAAGAACGUGCCCAGGUGCUGGAUGCUCUUCGACGACGAGGCACGCGUCCGCCACAGACCCGGGGUCUGGUUCUACCAAACCGAACGGGACGACGACAUGAUACUGGAGCCGUUGUCAAAGGAGAAUCCGGACGGUGCGGGACACCUGCUCAUCGAGACCUCCAAACGAAUGAGCACCGGUAACUCGAUUCGGGUAAUCGUUCGUGCCUCCAUCGUCCAACGGAGCGGCGAACUGCUCGAGCUCGGCAGCUACGAGCUUUGGGACGCCCAUUGGAAACAACCGCACGACGGCAUAGCCUACUCGACGGCCAACGGCUGGAUCGGUAUCUGCGUCAGGAACGACACCAAGAACAUCGUUUGCGAACAGUUCUAUCGUGACGGCACGCAGACGCUGGCCAAGAGGUCGGUGCAGCGAGCCGAGGGCUUCGCCAUCAUGAAUUUGCCCAUGCCCGGCUCCAUGCUGAUGCUUCAUUUCGUUUCGUACAUGGACUGGUGGUCGGUCUUCAUCGCCUCGAGGAUCGACCACGACGUAGAUAGCGUGCUCGGGACGCCGUUGAUGAAUUCGACGUUGCAAUGCGACAGGCGAUUCAAUCGGGCCACGGGCCAGUUCUUCGUGCACGAGGCCACGGGCGAGCACUGCUACGCGCAAUUCUGCUACAGGGACUCGAAGAAGAACAAGACCGAGGGCAACUACAGGCCCGAGGUGGUCACGAUGUGCUUGCCCGACGCAUGGCUCGAAGACAACGCCAUUGGUUCUAUCGACCUCGGACAUUGGUCCUACGAUGUACUAUUUUACGGUGGUUACGUUGUUGCAUUACUUUUAGUAAUAUUGUUCUUUGUAUAUUUCUUUUCAAAACGUUGCCGGACACGUGCUACUAACGAAACCGUUGAUACUGAGUUGCAAGUGAUAUGGUCCUCCAGAAAUUCCGAUGAAGACGAUAAUUCAAACGAUUAUCAAGACAAUAAUGUAGACGAUAAUGAAGAGAAUAAUGAAGAGAAUAAUGAAGAGAAUAAUGAAAAGAAUAACGAAGAGAAUAAAGAAGAGAAUAAUGAAGAAAAUAAUGAAGUAUAGCUAACGACCAUUUGAAUUAUUGUAUGUACGCUGUUUACAUAACUUCAAUGGAAAUAAAUAAAUAAUAGCUUUACGUUGAUGAACGUAUAGCUGUAACGAAUUAUAAAGCAAAUCUGUCAAUAAACUAGAAAUCAAAAAUGUUCGAAAAUUA